UCUAUCUUCGCCGUCGCCGUCCCGAACGUUGCCGUGCAUCUCAAGUAAAUCGAAUCAAGAAGACAAGAUGGCGGCCAACGGGAACACCAACUACUACGAUUUGUAUCGCCAUGGCAGUCUUGGGUCGACCCUGACCGAUGCACUUGACGACCUCAUUGGGGCCGAACGCAUUGAUCCUCAACUCGCCAUGAAGGUUCUUAUGCAGUUCGAUCGAGUUAUCACUGAGGCUCUCAGUGAGAAAGUCAAGGCCCGUUUGACCUUCAAGGGAUCUCUUGACACCUAUCGCUUCUGCGACGAGGUCUGGACUUUCCUCAUCAAGAACGUCACCUUCAAGAUGGAUGGCGGUCAGUCUGUCGUUACGGCGGACAAGGUCAAGAUCGUGAGCUGCAGCGCAAAGCGCAGUGACGAGAAGUAGAACCGAGACGAUCGAGAACAGUUCAAGACGGAGAAGUCGACCAGCCCAUGCCGCGUCAAAACCGGAACUUUACUUCAAAAAGUACCCCUAUCUCCAGGCCCAAAGGGUGGCACUUUUGAUUAUCCCGUCAAGAAGAAGCAUCGAGGAUGGGGUAAUCAUUGCACAGCACGCAGUAUAACCACGCUCUUCGAGACGGACGAGCUUCUCGAGAGUGAGUCGAAGGCGACUUUCCAAUGACACCAACGGCUUGGUUGCGAGAUGCACUUAGCUUACGCUAUUGUUCCUUCAUCUCGAUGUCGCCAUAUCCAGGGUGAUGUUGGUCGAGGAAUCCUAGUCAGACGCCAAUUUCCCGUCUGUUAACUAAGAAGCGGCUACUCGUACAGUUGAGGAGUAUCAUGGACGACAUCGAUUGCUGAAGGGAGCCGAGGUGAUUGACGACAGAUAUAGCCAACGUCUCGAGGGAACCUAAUACAAUGACGCUUGUAUAUAUGCUGCUGUCCUCGAUGUCACCAUCGAAAGGUGGUAGCCACUAACGUACAGCAUGUUGAGAGAUAUGACAAUCCGGGCAGAUCAAUCGGUCGUCUUCGGUCUCAAUUAUUAGAUAGAUGCCCGUGGCUGGGUUCCGGUCCCUGAUAGGUCAAAUAAUAUGGCAUUCCGGGCAAGCAAA